GAAGGUCCACUUUCAAGUGAGUAGAAAAACAAUAUUUUCCAGACCGCUUACAAAGACACUCUGGAAUGCAAGUCAUCGCAGCCUCGUGGGUACGGAUACAUGGCCAAAACUUCAACUGGUUCUGAAAGGUUUCGUAUCCAGAUCGAAGAGCAAGCUCGUGCUACAGCAGCCACCCAGGAGCGAAACUCUCAGCUCAGCCAGCAGGUCAACGAAUUAGAAGAUCAACUACAAGCUGAACGUGCAAACACACAAGAGAGGAUUAACUUGGAGUGUGCCGAGAGAGAACAACUUGAGGAGAGGUUAAAAGAAGAGUGUGCUGAAAGGGAAAGAUUGUUGCAAGAGGAGCGAACAUCAAGACUGGAAUUUGAAAAAAACAUGAUGGCAAAGUUUGUAGUAUUGAGCCAACAGAUGGGAACCCAACAGGUGCCUACGAAGAGGGUUGACAAAGAGAAUAGUAAUCCAAACUUGCAAAAUAUUCUUUUACAGAGAUCUAGUCCUAAUAAGACUCCAGGUUCAAGGACAACUGCUAUUUCUUCAAAUGCGCUCAUACAAGCUGCAACAAGGCAUUCUCGAAUGUUUAAAGCAAUUGAUCCAAAGAACUAGCUGGACUGGACUCUAGA